CCUUGACCUUAGUAUCUUGCAUAACUGUAUUCACUUCCUGAAUAUGCCAAGCGCCAAAACGAAGGGUAAAAAGGCGGAUAAAAAGGCCAAAAAGGACCCUAACGCUAUUCCAGAGCCAAAAUUCAGCUUUGACCUGGAGCCUCGCCCAAAACCUCAGGCCGACGCUUCUGCGCAGAAAGCGAAUAUCGGGGUUCGGUUACCUCCUCUUCUAGACGGACUGCCCCCGGAAUGGGAAAAGCAUGUCAACUGGUCGGAUAUGACUUACUAUAUGUGCCAAUCCAUGGGAAUACCUGAUCUCGACACUAAAGCUGGUCUGAAGAACGUACACUAUAACUUUGCGCAUUACGCACGUCAACUUGACAAUUUCUUCACACACAUACAAGCUCGCGACAAGAAACCCCACCAGGUGCGAGGACCAGCGCUGGUAGUAGUUACGUACAGUAAGAUGUGCGCAGAUAACGUGCUGCUAAAAAGAGUUUUACUCGAGACCAACUUCGUGAAAAUGGUUGAAACGCUCCUCUUUGACCCUCACUGCCAACUUAUCGUCGCCGGUCUCCUUUGGAGGAUAAGCUGCAAUUGCAGCUUCGACAUGCGAGAGGAGCUGGCUGUUCGAACGUCGAAAAUCCUCAUGGACGUCAUUGAGAGGUUCCCAUCCGACGUCAAAUUGUCGAAACUCGCAGUCGCCACGCUUACUGAAACGUGUCUCACUCUCACUCAUCACGAUCCCUUGCAAACCCCAGCGCGCCGCUCUUUGCUCGAUACACGUCGACUGAUCCGACUCCUCGUCUCCGUCGCACGCAAACCAGGCUUCAUACAACUCGUUGCUCCCUAUCUGUCCGGAGCGUCUUGCAUGUGCUAUGAAGUUCCCGAGGCUACCGAUA